AUGAGGUGGGAUGGCGCUUCUAGGUCUAGUAGGGCUUGGGACAACCUGAGAAGGGACCCCGAAUUAUGGUACCGCGACGGCGACUGUUAUGUCCACCUCUACGGUCAAGGCCAGUCCCGGAGAGGCCCGGCUUUCAAAAUCCCACUGUCGACGCUGCUGGAAGCGAGUUGUUACCCUCUUGUUAAUCGAUUCAUGGCACACGAUGUGUCCGAACUCUCACCGGUCACGAGCCCUGAGCCGAGCCAGACGGAAUUCGAAUCACAAGGGAGGCAACCACAACACCGAGUCGAUCUCUACAUUCCGGCCCCUCCAGGAUCUGAUAAGCAGCAAGCAUUCAACUAUCACCUGGCAACACGGAACUUGUUUGCAUUCGUCUUUAGAAGAUCCCUGGUCGGUGAGCACCUCGGUACUGCUCUCAUUGGUCUGUUGCAUAGCAUGUACGAAUUCCGGACGACAGAUGUGGACAAUUUGGCAGAUAUUCAAAACUAUAUGGAUGAGGAGGGCUACUUGGACUUCAAGAGUCAACCAUCUCACGCACUGGCCUGUCUGCACUUCGCAGAGGUAUUCCAGCUGCGAGACCUCUAUAUCGAGGCCUUCGCCCACUGCUGCGGCAUGAGCGACCGUUUAUUCCUUGGUCCUGAAUACCAGCUUGUUGCAUCCGUCACGAGGAAGCUCCUACGGCGGGCCCGGGUAGACAUGGACGUUAGACUUGGGCGUGCCUGCACAAUGUUGCGCACAUUUCUGCAGGACGAACUCUCUGAGACCCAUCUGGGCUUGAAUCCCGGUGCUCGAGCGCAUCUCGAGAGAUUUCGAACCCUGGUUCACGGAUUUUACGCCGCCAGAUUCGGAUACUACCCUCCUCCAUCUAUCGACCCCAGGACGACGAUAUUCGAGGUGGAAGUCAUCCGCACACUGCAGAACGACUUUGAAGCGCUCUUCAACUAUCUCGUGGACGAGUCUUCUGAUCCUACUCAAGGAAUCUCGCCUUCGGCUCAGGGUGGCAUUUGUGCGUUGCAAAGCGUUCAGUCGUUUGAUGCUCGUCAGAAGUUUAGUACUCUGGAGCAUCCCUUACCCCUUCUUCCCGAUAUCCGCCAGCAGGUUCCUUCGAAGAGGAUCAACUGGUUUAACAGACAAGCCAAGGCAUCUCAAAGCCAACGGAGCGAAAUUCUCACCUCUGUCGUGAAAGCAACAAACCAAGCUGACCUCGGACUCUUGGACAAUCACCUUGUGCAGACAUAUCGGAAGUUUGAGGAGGACUGCGUUUACUCACCUCUCAAAGCGGACAAGCAAGAAAAUCUUAGCCUGGUCGAUGCGCGAAAGGUGAGGUGGAUCUUGAUAUAUGCAGUGCACCAGACCAUCAAAUACGCAACUCAACCGCCACCGGAGGUCAAAGAUUUCAGGGAUGCCCCGUACAAUCUCUGUAUAUCAACCGAGCAUCUCCCCCCGUGGACCGAAGAGCGGCCGAUCCAGUCUCUCAUAAGGAGAGAUACCGAGCAAAUCACCCGCAACCCGUCCGUAUCGACAGCAGGGCGUAGCAUUGCUACAGACCGUCAGUCCUCCAUACAGUCCUCCGUUGUUGAGAGUCCAGCCUUCGAGAUCAGGCCCGACAUCGACUAUCUUGGGUUGUCAAACCAUGAAGACGGAGCCAAGGACAAAAUCACCCUGGCCGUUCAGGAACAUCCCAACUCCACAAACCUACCUAGACGGACUAGUUUUACUCGGAGUUUGUCCCGUCACUCUGCCGUUCGACGCUCUCUACGCUUGUUUGGGAUCAGCCAGCCCGAACAGCCGCAGCCGCCUUCCAAUCAACGUAAGCCCAUACAGUAUCAUGAGAUCGUUGUUCAUGGUUAUGGAAACGGAACCAAAGACGUGGAGUUCACUUCUCAGAACCACAAUGAUGGCGAUAUCGCGAACGCCACCGGUGGCGGUAACAAGGACACAACUACCUCCCGUUCGCCAUCGACUUCGUCUAAUUCGAGUUCUGCGAGCGAUCUGAGCAUCUCGGAAGGCGGCAGUGCUUCGACUGAGGCUACGUCUGUGAACAACAGUCCGGUGACUGCUUCAUCCAGAGCCUUGCCAUGGGAGACUCAAGAUGGCGGUCUGUAUAUGCGUGGUCGUCGUGGCCGUGAUGCCACACCGCGGCCCGUGUCCAUGUAUUGCACAACCUCCCAAAUACCCGACAUUCCUUCUCGGGGCGACCAGACCAGCAAACCACGGGAUAGGCUGAGGCCGCCUAUGUUCCUGGGCGGAGAGCGCACAUCACUGGAGCCUGCCCCAUUGCAGACCCGUAAAGCGCCGAAGUUCGACCAUCGACCAGUAUCCCAGGGACGCUCCCAUAGCUUCAUGGAAGCCAAGGAUGAUAUCCAAGUGCAUUGGGAUAGCUAUACGGACCUGGGAGGCCUAACGGAGAUGAACAAUGUUACGUCAAAGAGGGCGAGCGUGGCAUUCUAA